UAUAUAAAAUAAAUCGGAUUACGUCUGCAUCGACAAUAGUUAAUUUUUUGUUUGUUUGUUUUCAAGGUGUUUCCUGAAUAUGGACGUGUUGUGGCAGGAAAGACUGUUCGGUAAGCAACUUACGGAUUGUUCGGGUAGCAAACCGGAUACGGAAACCGUUGAAGCCCUCACGGACGUCGAGACGGUGGGCGUUUAUUUCUCAUUCGCCAACAUCAACCUGCAGAGCGACGAUUUCCGGAACAAGCUGAAGGAGCUCUAUCGUCGCCUUAACACCUCCGAUGGAUCCACGAAGAGAUUGGAGAUUGUCCAGGUCGUCCUCUGGGCUAAUAACGACGUGUACAGCGACUUCGAGGGAAGCCACCGUGACAGUCUGGUCGACCUUCCGUGGUUCGCGAUGCCCUUCAGUGAAAUCGACCUAAAG